AGGCAGGUCCCCUGGGGCUCCCUUUUCCCUUCUCUAGGUGUCCUGCUGGUGCCCCCAGGCAGAGACCACCCUGGGGGUGUUGGGGGGUGCCCACCUUGCCCUGCCUGCCUCAGGUUUGGGGGGGGGGGGGUCGUGUCAAUGCCACCUGCGGGCUCCUCAGCCCUCCAGGGGAAAGGGAUUAGCCACAAGUCACUGCCAUCAGCCUCCCCCUACUGCCUCCACUUCCCCAGCCCCUCUUUGGGGUCCAGGGCCACUUGUCCCCAUGCCCCACAUGUCCCCUGCUCUUGUGCCUGGGCCAAAUCCUGCCCACUGCCCAGCCUGGCUGCUAGGGAUGGUCUGGGGCGCUGGUACCAGUGCCGGGGGCCCAGCAAUGCCAGCAGCCCCUGGGGAACUGGGGCUGGCACCUGCCUCCCACCUGUCCCAGGGCUGCCUCAGCCCCCUGUAACCUCCCAGGAGAGCUGUGCUGGCUCCCCAUGUGCCAAGUGGCAUCGCCUGUGCCCAGCUGGGGCUGCUGGCUCUGCCCUGGCCAGGGACAUCCCUUGGGAUGCCAGAGAGGGAGGGACACGUGGAGGCACCUGGAGACACACUCAGAAAUAUCUGUGCCCCCUCAGUGCUGCUCACCAGACCCAGGGGUGUGCUCUGUGUCUGCUCCCCAUUCCCUGCUCCCCAUUCCCUGCUCCCCAUCAUCUGCUCUCCAUUCCCUGCUCCCCAUUCCCUGCUCCCCAUUCCCUGCUCCCCAUUCCCUGCUCCUCAUUCUCUGUUCCCCAUGCUAGCACCACAUUCCUACUCCCCAUGCUCUGCUGCCUGUGCCUGCUCCUCAUUCCCUGCUCCCCAUGCCCACUCCCCAUGCCCACUCCCCAUGCCCACUCCCCACUCCCCAUGCCCACUCCCCAUUUCCACUCCCCAUGCCACCCCUGCUCUGCUGCCCUGGCUGAGGGGCACAGGAGCCGUGGGGCAGGGCCAGCAGGGCUUGUGGGGACGAUGGUCAGGUCUGUGUGUGCACAGGGGGCACUGUGGAAGCCCUGCGGGGUGACAAAGACUGUGGCUGGCUGUGCCAUGCCUGUGCCAUGGGCUGGGGCUCUGCGGUGCAGCCUGGGGCCUGGCCAGGUUGUUUGGGGCCAGUCUGGGGGCCUGGGCUGGCACUGGAGGCUGGGUGAGCAGGGGAGGCAGCUGCUGGUCCCAGUGCAGGGCUGGGGCACAGGGUGGGGAUGGCCAGGGGGCUGCAGGCCCCCCUCAGCCUCUUCCCACUGAGCUCCAGGGUGUCAGGCCGGGAAUUUACCUUCUGUGUUGUUUUUGCAGAAUUGCACAAAGAGAGGUUUCUUUUUGUUGGGUUUGUUUUUUUUUUUAAUUUAACGACUUGUAAAGUGUUGUCUCCCCCCCACCUCCCCUUUUUUUUUUUGUAAGAGAUAUUUUGACUCAGAUUUGACCUCUGUUGGGAAAUGAUUCUUGUAACUGUACAAUUUUUUUGCCUCCUAAUAAUAAAUUAACAAUUUUGCGUUG